GGGUGUAUUUAACUCAUUCGCAAACAGUACACAGCUUGUCCCAUUCUGAUUGCCAUAGUAGGAGGUUAGCCUACACUUUGCUUCGUCUUCUUCUUCUUCUGUAUUUCCGUCUCAGACGUCGCUGAACACUGAAUUGAUAUUGCUUUACUGCUUUUCUUCUUAACAUAGUGUGUCUUCUGCCAAGCUCGCACAUAUGACUCAGUUUGGAUAUAAUCCCUUCUUCACACUGCUCUGUAGCUACCUGCUAGCUGAAAGCUAACUUUAACAGCUCCCUUCGAGUCAGUGGAGGCAUCCACUAAAUGAACAGGACUGUAAGUUUGAAUUAGUCUCCUGUGUUUCUAAGAAAGCACAACUUCCUCUACAAAAAAUGUACACUAAAGUACGCACAAGGCUUGCAUUGCAUAGCUCUCUUAACUUGUCCAUUUAGCUGACAGUGCAUCUCUGAUAAGGCAAUGGGUCUACAAUCUGACUUCACUGUUCUGCUCCUCUCCUUUGCUUUGGCAACAAUUGUUCACGCAAACCUAAACUCAGACCAUGACACUGCACUGGUUGGAUCAGUUCAUGUCACGCAAAAUAAAACCACAGGACAUGCUAGGCUUGUUAGUGCAGGUCCAACAAACGCACAAAAUAGUUCAGUGGAAAAGAAAGGGGACAAUACAAAAGAAAAUAAUUCAAGGGAUGAUAAAUGCACCAUGGCCCCGGAGAGGCGCUUUGACUGUGCCAGGGACAGGCUUCUCAGUCAGAGAGAGUGUGAAGAGAGGGGAUGCUGCUAUGCCCCACUGCCCAACUCUGCAGGACCACCUUGGUGUUUCUACCCCAGUUCCUACCCUGGCUAUGUAAUGGGUCCCCUCACUCCUACUACACGGGGCCAGGCUGCUACCCUGACUCGUGACACCCCAUCCUAUCUUCCCAGAGACAUCUCCACUCUGCAGCUAGAAGUCAUACAAGAGACUGCAGGAUGUUUGCACUUAACUUUAAAGGACCCAUCAUCUCAGCGAUAUGAAGUCAAGCUCCCGGCUGAUGUUCCACAGAAUAAAUCUGACACCCAGGAUAUCCUCUACACCAUUGAAUAUCAGUCAGACCCAUUUGGCUUCAUAGUGCAGAGAAAAUCCAAUGGGAGAGUGAUCAUGAACACCACAGUCGCUCCUCUGCUGUUUGCUGACCAGUACCUGCAGCUGUCUACCACACUGACCUCCUCCCUUGUGUCUGGCCUUGGGGAGCAUUACACCACCCUCCUCCUGGACCUAAACUGGACUUCUCUGACCUUUUGGAACACAGAUAUAACACCUCAUGCUGAUGCAAACCUCUAUGGCUCCCACCCAUUCUACAUCGUACAGGAGGAGGACGGCUUGGCACAUGGAGUUUUCCUUCUCAACAGCAAUGCAAUCGAGGUGAUGCUGCAGCCUACCCCCGCUCUCACCUGGGUAGCCAUUGGUGGUAUCCUGGACCUGUACGUUUUCUUGGGUCCUGACCCUCAAAGUGUAGUGCGACAGUACCUCCAGGUCAUUGGUUACCCCAUGAUGCCUCCGUACUGGUCACUUGGCUUUCAUUUGUGUCGCUGGGGCUACACGACUGCUAAAACAACCCGGCAUGUGGCACAGCAAAUGCUUGAUGCAAAAUUUCCCAUGGAUGUGCAGUGGAAUGAUCUGGACUAUGCUGCAAAGCGCAGGGUGUUCACCUUUGACCCCUGGCGAUUUGCAGACCUCCCUGAGAUGGUGCAGGAGUUCCACAAGAGAGGCUUGAAGUACAUCCUCAUCCUGGACCCGGGUAUCAGCAGCACAAGCCCUCCAGGUACUUACCCGCCCUUUGAUGAUGGACUGAAACGAGACGUCUUCAUUAAAAAUGCUACAGGACACAUCCUGAUAGGAAAGGUUUGGCCCGGCCCAACAGCCUUCCCAGACUUCACCAACCCCGAGACCAGACUGUGGUGGGAGGACUGCAUCAGGGAGUUUUAUUCCAAAGUUCCUGUGGAUGGUUUGUGGAUUGAUAUGAACGAACCUUCCAGUUUUGUGCAGGGCUCAGAGGAAGGCUGUCCUGACAGUGAUCUGGAGAAUCCGCCCUACACGCCCAGGGUGGUUGGAGGCCAGUUGAACUCAAAAACUCUUUGCAUGUCGGCUCAGCAGAAGGGGUCCACACAUUACAACCUGCACAACAUGUACGGACUGACGGAAGCUUAUGCCACGCACAGCGCUCUUAUGAAAGUACGAGGAAAAAGACCCUUCGUCUUGUCUCGCUCCUCCUUCCCCGGCAUCGGACGCUUCUCUGGUGUUUGGACAGGAGACGUCUUGAGUGACUGGGAGCAGCUUCGAUACUCCAUCCCUGCCGUGCUGCAGUUCAGCCUGUUCGGGGUGCCUCUUGUGGGGGCGGACAUCUGUGGCUUUGAAGGCAACACCACCGAGGAGCUGUGUGUACGAUGGAUGCAGCUCGGGGCCUUCUAUCCAUUUAUGAGGAACCACAAUGACAAAGCCAAUGCUCCUCAGGAGCCUUAUGUGUUUGGGCAGAAGGCCCAGGCAGCCAUUCGGAGUGUGCUGAACCUUCGUUACUCCCUCCUGCCGUUCCUUUACACACUCUUCCAUCAUGCGCACUCUUCUGCUGACACUGUGGCGAGGCCUCUCUUCAUAGAGUUUCCCACUGAUCCAAACAGCCAGACUAUAGACCGACAAUUCCUAUGGGGGAGUUCCCUUCUCGUUAGCCCAGUUUUAGAUCAAGGGGCAGCAGAGCUUGCCGCUUACCUGCCCCCUGGCACUUGGUACAGCCUACACGAUGGUCAGCCUUUCUACAGUAAGGGUCAGUACCUGCUUCUGCCAGCUCCUCUGGACACCAUAAACGUCCAUGUGAGGGAGGGACACAUUAUCCCCCAGCAGGAGCCUGCUUUGACGACUACAGCCUCACGCAGGAACCCUUUCUUCCUGACGGUAGCCCUGUCAGCAGGAGGCUGGGCCCGGGGAGACUUGUUCUGGGAUGACGGGGAAAGUCUUGACUCCUUCGAAAUGGGAAAUUAUUGUUACAUUAUCUUCAUUUCUGGACAGUCUCAGGUGGUGAGUGAUCCUAUCAGGCUGAACGGGGCCCUGGAUGGUCUGGUACUGGGAGGGCUGCGGGUGUUUGGGGUACCCUCACCACCUCUAUAUGUACUUGCCAAUGGGGACAAAGUCAGUGAUUUCACCUACCGCACUGACACCAAGGUUCUGAUAGUGAGCCGCCUGGCCUUGCCAAUGACAAAGGGAUUCACAGUCCAGUGGGCGCUCUGAUGCACUGAACUUCAUUACCCAAAAACUUUUGGGGGACCUUUGCUGUUUCUAAACUGCUGAUGAAAACAGCUUCAUUUUUCUGCACUGGCAUCAGCCAGCUGUGCUUGUUGUGCCUCUUGUGCAUUGGGCAGGUAAUGCUUUGGAAGGAGGGGCUUAUUAAAAUGUUAGAUGAUGCCAAACAAA